GCCGACAGGUGCGGACGUCUCGCGCGUCUGACACGCUCGCGGACUACGAUCGACCAAACGAACAUACAAAACUUAUUAAACCUCACCCGACCCCUCAACCCUUAACGAACGAAACGUGCGAGCUUUGAUUAAUAUGAUAUACGUAUUUAGUUAGCCAUGAUUCCUAAAUUUCAAAAUCAAUUUUUACAUAAGAAACGACUGAAGUUUUCUACUCGCAUAGUUUACAAGAUUUUGUAAAAUUUACACCUUUUAAGAUUUACUUUAGUCCCAAAACUUUCGAACAAAGCUUUUAAGUAUUGUGAGUGUUUUAGAACAGUGCUUAACCUAUAGUUGUGUGUGUAGUGUUUAGUGUUUUUGCGUUGACUUUUAGUGAUUGGUCAAGAUGAGUUUAAGAUCCGAAGAUUGAAGAAUAUCCUACCUCCUCAUGCUCAAGCUCUCCCUUAUAAAACAUUCCUUAUACCUUCCACAUCUAAGUCAAACUGAGAGAAACAUUCCAGAAUUACUAAUCAAAAUUACAUCGGUUCUGUUGGUAAGAGUGACUGUAAGUGAUAAAGCCUGGAAAGAUAAAGGCGCGCGGUAUCCUCUUCGGAGGGCGCGAGAGGCUGGCGCGAUGCGGUCUCCCCAGGGAUGUACGUAAUAUAUCCCGCAGACGAAGUAGUGUCCCUGACAUACAGCUCGCCCUCGGCGCCUCGGCCCAGGCCGCGGCCAACGCUAGACAUUAUAGUUGACCUGCCGCCGCACGCGCCAAGUGAAGCGCAAGCACCUACCCCGCCCCCCGCCCCGACCCGCGCUCUCACUGUCCCCAAAACGGCGCCCCCGGAGCUAGCGCCUCGCGCGCCGGCCUCGCCGACGCCCUCUUCCGAGCGGCCGGCUAAGCCGCGCGACCGCACCAAAAAACUCUUCAAGAAACUAGGCCGUCACGAGGACAAUGAAUUCGGCAAAAUAGUCAGAACCCCAGCCCCGGAUGAGUUCGAGUUACCCGCGCCCCUACCAACACCAGCUUUCUCCAGGAAAAACAUAUUCGACCGCGAUUUUGAUGCACUCUUUGAAGUUGCGAGUACGCCGGAAUUCUGUGCAAAUAUAAGGGUAACGACGCCGGAGCCGGAUCGUCGGUCUGAUGUGUCUGCACCACAUUUUCCGUCUCCCUCCACCUCCUCCCUUAGUCUGCUACCUCCCCGUCCGCAGUCAGAGCCAACGGCGAAUUCAACUCCGGCACAAACAUCUCCACAGUCAACGCCUCCAGCUCAACGAUCGUCAAUUGAAGGAAGUAGUCCAAAGCCGAAGAAGGUCAGCUUUUUUCGAAAAUUCAGCCGGUCGAGGGAGACGCCUUCGACAUCUGCCAAAAUGCAGCAGCCGUCAAUAGAGAUGGCUCUGCGAGAACUGACACACCCAUCACACAAUGAGCAACUAAAGAAUCAACAACAAGUUACAUUCAAAUUAGUCAAAACAGUCGCGGACUUCACAACACAAUUGUCACAAGUGUACGAGCGACACUCGUCCGAGCUUCAAGUGCUUGUAGCAACUUUUCGUAAAAGGAACAGUGAACUUAGGAAAGAAAGAGCGUCAUGUCCAUCAUCGCUAUUUCACACAUGGGAGACGUUUCUCCAAGAAGUGGACGCUGACGUCAUGGGAUUCAACAACGCGGCAUCUUCUCUCGAGAGGACAGUGGCUGUGCCACUAAUAGAGAAGACCUUCCACAUGAAGGUUCAAGCGAGGAAGCUGUUCGCGCAUCGUGAGGGCUGUGAAGUCAUUCUUGGAAAGGCUGAUGACCAACUUAAUAAGAGUCGACAAGAAUACAGAACAGCCUUCCUGAACUACUGCGACAAUGCGAGUCCUGUCAACCUCGCAACAUAUUACGACUCGCACAACAACUACGUGCAACAAUUGACAGCCACAAAUGCAAUGAUUGAACAAUAUCAUAACCAUACACUGCCCACUAUAUUACAGGAAUUGGAGGAAAUUUUAACGGACGUAACGACUGCAGUCAGCGAUGCUAUUUGUCAGGAUGGAGAAAUUAUGUCGGAAAAGUGUACACAUCAGCUAAGAAGAUACGAGUCGCUAUGCACACAGGCACGUGCGGUGUCCAGUACUGCUGAUUUGGCCCAUCUUGCGAGGACACUCCUGACCAACCAACCACCUAUGAGGGCUCCAAUUAGGGCCUUCCUGCCGCCGUAUCCACCAGAACCUGAUGACUCACCAAUAGACGUACCUGCGGAGACAAUGCCUCCUGUGCUGCGAGGUGAGAUGUUACUCGACCGAAUGGGAGGAGGUCAAGCGAGGUUAAACUAUGAACAAUUGAGAAAAGACGCGAUUGAUCUCGAGUUACAGAUAAAACAAUUGCAGGAAGGUUUGGAGUCACUGAUGCGUUUACAAAACCGCGGCCUCGAAAGUAAUAUAUACAGCAAAGUGAAUGAAAUUCAAGAGGAGAUUUCUAUGAAGAAGUACGAUUAUAGAGCUACUCAAUUACAUCUAGCAGCAGUAAGAGCUCAGAGAGAGCUGUUUGCAGCUAAAGCUGACAGCAGCACAGUAGACCGCAAGCUAUCGUCUUCAUCAGCCGGAAGUAUGAAAAACAAGUGGCUUAAGGCUUUUAGGAGUUUGAAGCCUCCCAGCGCACCGCCGCCACAUGCCGCCCCAGAUAAGAGAAAUGGUGCGUCUCGCGACGCGAUGCGAGGUGUCGACUCGGAGGCCCAUAAUUUCCAAGAAUACACAUACAAGAAGAUCACGCCAUGUGAUGUUUGCUCUCAAGUUCUGCGAGGGCACACUCGACAGGGUCUGAGGUGCAGAGUAUGCAAAAUGAACGUACACACAGACUGCAUGCCGCAGGUUGGCAAGUGUCAAACGAAAUCACGACUCUUGCGCCGACAGAAGAGCACCUCCGAAAUUGAAGCUCACAGGGUCCAAGAUCCUGGCUACGAAGAAGAAAAGGAGGAAGUGGAUCUGACGUAUCAAGUGCUGAAGCGCGCCAACGAAAUAGCGAAGCCGGGAGGGCCCGUAGUGCGCGUGUCGGCACCCGAGGAACCUCCGCCGUCGCGGUCCCCGGCCCGGCCGAGCACCGGCCUGGCGGUGGCGCCGCAACAGAUCUCCUCCAGCUCAGGUUCGAUGAGGAACUCGAAGAGUGCCCAAAUGUUAAGGCAGGCUGAUCGCGCCAGUCCCAGUCCUAUACCUGCACCACAUUCGCCUCGCCGCCAAAAGUUGAAUCUUAGGAUGAAGAGCCUUUCUUUGGAUUCCCCGGAGUGUGGAGAACUGAGGAGGAGACCAGCUAGGGACCAACCUUCGCAGAGCAGCAAAGUACUAUAUAACAGGACGUAUUGCAUGCGAUACGGCUCGCUGAGAGUAAAUAACGCUGUAUAUAAUUCGCAAUCAUCUCCAUCAUCGCCGGUGCAUAGCCGCCGUCUUCUGAACACACGGAUGGGUCGUAUGAGCAGCGUGGAGUUACCAGAUGAGCCUGAUAAGAGCCUUUCUUCAAACAGCGCCAGCCCCUGCCCAUCACCAGUGAAACAGCCCACGAAGCACCAGCGUCUUUUACCAACCAACUUGUACGUGAUUCUCUACAACUUCAAGUCUCGUCACGCAGAUGAGCUGGACUUGAAGGCCGGAUAUAAGGUCACCGUGAUCGACACUUCCGAUCCCGAUUGGUGGAAGGGCAAAUGUCUUGGAAAAGUUGGGUACUUCCCAUCCAAAUAUUGCACAAAGCUGCAAGCUGGCGAACGACCUCUGCAAGUCACUCACAACUUACAGGUGACUGACGGUGACAAUGGCCUGAUGCUUCUCCGUGACCAGAUCGUGAUCCAAGUGGGUGAUGAAGUUGACGGCAUGGUGAUGAUCCGUGCUGGAGACAACCGGCAGGGAGUGUGCCCUGUUAAGUUUCUACAGGAAGUGUGACGCUUUAAACUGCCCAGUUUCAGUGUUCUCCGACGACGCAGCUCCCUAUCAAACGAAUCCCGAUCUUACUUGGCACCAAAACCUUCUCGAAGCGCGCCAGUCACACCAUGCGACAGUGACUCUUCGUCGUGGCCAUAUGUGGACUACGAGCGCAGAUCGGAAAAGGAGAGAUACGAAGCCUCCUUAGAAGGUGUCUGGUGGUGGAAACGACCCCUCGGCGUGAGGCGUUCCACCUGCCGCUGUAGAGCCUCUUCAUCAUCACGACCUCUCAUGGCUCCUUGUACGUCAGGUCAGGAAUAUUAUAGAUCUGAUGAGCGACCGUUGAACCUUGUUCGGCAGAUAUAUCUGUAAGGGGCCAUUGAAAGCUUUUCUUUUCUGUUUAAAUUUUCCCUUUAUAAUAUAUUAUAAUAAGGUACUACAAUUAUUUGUUUUAUAAUAUUGUUAAUAACGAUAAAAUUGUCGUUUUUUUUAAGAUUACCCUCCAUUAUAAAAAAGUCUACCCUCAUAUUUUAAAAUAUUUUUUGCGAACAUAAAAUAUUUGUAGUUCCUUUGCUGUUGCUUUCCCAUAUUUAUAAUGGCCUAUGAUUUAAAAAAAAUAAUCCUUCCAUGCCUAGAAUUUAUUUAUAAAGUUUCGUAUUACGAAUUUUAUACAGAUGCUAUUAUAUACAACAUAUCAUUUAAAUAUAAAUUUUAUUUAAAUAUAAAAAUAUAUUUAAAUACUCUGGGUUCAGGGAUUAAUAUUUGCUUACCUAUACAGCAUAUUUAACAAUACUUUUAUUACAUUAUUUAUUGAGAACUAUAUUAAUAAAUCCACCAUUAGUACUACGUAGGAAAAGAAUCGCAUGAUGCACAUUAUCUUAACUAAAAUAUGCAUAUAUACAGAAAUAUAUGAAUAUUUAAAUAACGUUAUAGCAGUCUUUAGUACCACCUAAACAUACCAUAAUACAGCAGUUAGAUUUUUGUAUAUCAUAAAAAAGUACACCUUAGAUGGGCAACAAUCCGUACGAUGACGUCAUACUUUAAAACGCGGUAUCGAAGUGAUUCUGAUUCCAUAUAUAGGGCGUCCCAAGACUAUGGGACAUCAAGGGAAAGUACUAUAAACUAAAGACGAGACAAGUAAUUCUUAGAAAAUCAUUGAAUGCAAUACUAACUUCUUUAAAUAAAUAGAUUAAAAUAUCUUAUGUACGAUAUUUGAGAAACUUUCCCCUAAUGUACCAUACUCUUAUAUAUAACAUCUCGACACCAGAAAAUCAAUUUGGACACGAGUUAUAAAACUCCAUUACAGUCUCUUACUUCAAUGAGCUUCCUACCUCAUGAUGACCCAAGCCGAGGUCAGUGUCUUGGAGAAGACCCCUUGUGCUAGGGAAUCCCAUUACUGCCAGAGGGACGCUCGUGAAAACAGCCCGAGCUGAGCUGUCAAGGACCUCCAGGCCAAUAAAGGAUUCCAUUAUAAAGGCCACUGGAAUCUUCGGGUCUUUAUGUUGGAGUAAUCCCUUCUUGCCUCCUCCAAUCUUCCUCUCUGAUAAAUGAAGAUUGAUGCCGUUACUCUCUCUUUAAACACCAGCUCAUGUCUGUGCGUCGUGGUCAGCAAGAAAGCUUCUGGAGCAGACUAUUCCACCGGUUUCCACCGGUUUCGGUCGUUCGUUUCUGUUAUUUUUGACGUUAGCUAAGUUUCGUCUAUUAGUACUCAGGUCAGUUGCUAGGUCUUUACACAGAAGUACUUGACGGCUUCAGUGGCUUCAGCGUACGACUGUCAUCCCUGAGGUCGUCGGUUCGAUCCCUGGCUGUGCACCACUGGACUUUUAUGUGCGCAUUUAACAUUCGCUCGAACGGGAAAGGAAAAUAUCGAAAGAUAACCGGCUUGCCUGCCUUAAAUGCAAAAGUCGGCAUCCGUCAGGCACAGGAGGCAGACCACCUACUUGCCUAUUCAAUUAACAAAUGAUCAUGAAACGGAUACAGAAAUCUGAGGCCCAUCUGGGACUUUUAUGGAAAUUAAAUUAGCACCACCAUUAGUCACUUGAUCGUUUGCUAUCGGGUCAUCUGUCACAACAAUUGUCAAUGUCAAAUUUUGAAGAAAAAAAAAACUUAGGGCCGCGAUCGUAUAUCACAUAACCGAGAUUAUAUUACAUUGUCGUUUAAAAACUUGAAUAAAUUGUGUCCAUAAACACCUGAAAAGAAUUCCUUACUUAUUCAAGUCGGCCUGUCAAUGGUUAGACUGGUCCUUCCUUCAGCUCGGAGGUAGAGCACAGCAAUGACUGGAAAAUUAAGUAUUUCAAUACAUUGUCAACACUUAGCAUUAAGUCUCGUCUGAAUCAAACCCGAAGGCCACUCCUAUGUGUUUUAUUAAAUACUCACUCAGUGUACAGAAAAACUUCAAAUUUUCCUCAAUAUUUAUAAGAAAUGGAAAGUAAAAAUCCCCUAAAGUUUUUACUUUUGUCAACUAACUAUGACGAAUAUCUGCAAUCGUUGUUAUUAAAUGUAAGUAAUUUUGUUAGAUAGUGCAUUUAUGUUGGCCUAGCAUAGAUUAUAGACUAAUUACCUAUCCAAGCCUUAAAUAUAGACUAAUUUUAAAUAUUUUAAAACUCCUAAAAUUAACUUAAGUAUUAAGAUGUCCUAUGACGGUCACUCCGUAAAUAUAAAACCAUUUUCUGGAAAUUUAAGCGUACUUCUAAUACUACGUAUACUAAAAGUAUACUUUUUUAUUUCUAUUCCAACAUACAUUUAUUAAUUUAUUUCUUUGUUAAAUAUCUCAUUAUGUCCAAUUAAACUCUUAGCAAUUUACGUUAAUUUCGUCCCAUAUUUGUAUACCGCAAUAUGUUUUUGACAGCUUUAACGAUGUUCUGUGAAGUCCCAAGUCAGAUGAAGUGUGGCUCAAGUUUCAGCUUGUAUUUUAUAUGAUUUAAUGUAUUCAUGCUAAGGGUUUUUUCACAAAUAACACUAAUAAGGAAUAGACUCUUAUCCAGGAUAUUUAUAAAAUUAUACACACGACCUGGGUCUUAAGACAAAAUUACUUUUUGACAGGGGUGACCCACAUAACGUAUUUCUAUGGUAAUGACAUUAGUCACGUGACCAAUUUUUAACAGGUUCACGCCUGUCCAAAAGUGAUUUUGUCUCAAGCCCCCGUGUAAUAGUAUUAUAUGAGAAUGGUUCUAACCUGGGGCUUGAAUGCCCCACUAAUAAAUUUGUAUGGAAAUCGUCUCAUGACGUAAAGUGAUU